AUGGUGGAGAGUGCAGUAAAGUUUCUGCUUGACAAGCUUGGACCUCUUAUCGAAAAUGAGUGGCAACUGUUGAGAGGGGUUAGGGAAGAAAUUUUGUAUCUAAGAGGAGAACUGGAGUGCAUGACGGCUUUCCUGAGGGUUGCUGAUGCGUAUGAAGAGAGUGAUGAGGAACUCAAAGUCUGGGUUAAACAACUAAGAGAAAUUGCCCAUGAAAGUGAAGAUGUUCUUGAUGAGUUUACCCUUCUACAAGCACAUGAUCAUGGGGUGGAGGGAUUAUAUGGUUCAAUCCAUAAGCUUUCUUGCUGCAUCAAGAACACAAAAGCUCGAUACCGAAUUGCUUCAGAGUUAAGAGCCAUAAACUCCAGGAUCAGAAAAGUCUCUGAGGUUCAUAAGCGACUCCACCACAAAUUCAAUAUGGCUGAACAAGGCUCAAGUUCUAAGGACCAUCGAGGUGACGCUUUACUUCUAGAGAAAACUGAUAUAGUCGGCAUAGACAAGCCUAUUAAGCAGAUGGUCGGGAGGCUGCUCAAUGGUGAUUGUGCACGUGAGGUAGUUUCUGUGGCAGGAAUGGGAGGAAUGGGGAAGACUACCCUGGCGAAGCAAGUCUAUGAUGCAGCAGAAGUGAAGAAACAUUUCAAAUUACGCGCUUGGAUCACUGUUACUCAGUCUUUCAAACUAGGGGAACUUCUUAAAGACAUCGUUCAACAGCUCCACCAAGCAAUCAGAAGUCCAGUUCCACAAGAAAUCAAUAGCAUGAGUACCAACCAGCUGAAAACAAUCAUUAAAGACUUCCUACAGAAGAGGAGGUAUCUCAUUGUCUUGGAUGAUGUGUGGCACUUGUACGGAUGGAAUGCUAUGAAGUAUGCAUUGCCUAAUAAUAUGUAUGGCAGCCGAGUAAUUCUCACUACUCGAAAUGCAGAUAUAGCCUCGACAACAAGCAUGGAGUCUGGAGGUGAAGUCUACACUUUGGAGCCCUUGCCCCCAAUGGAAUCAUGGGAGUUACUGUGCAAGAAGACAUUCCAAGGGAAUUCCUGCCCUCCUCAUUUAGAGAAAAUCUGUAAUUAUGUUUUGAAAAAGUGUGAGGGGCUUCCCCUUGCUAUUGUGGCUAUUAGUGGAGUUUUAGCUGCCAAAGAUAAGCGCAGAAUUGAUGAGUGGGAUAUGGUUGGCCACAGUCUUGGGUAUGAAAUUGAGGGCAACGACAAACUGCAGGACUUGAAGAAAGUACUUUCACUCAGCUUUAAUGAUUUACCAUACUAUCUCAAAUCUUGCUUCUUGUACCUGAGCAUCUUUCCAGAGGAUCAUUUGAUUAAGCAUAUGAGGCUUAUUCGAUUAUGGAUGGCAGAGGGCUUCAUUGAAGAAAAACAAGGAAAAACAUUGGAAGAGGUUGCAGAGGAUUACCUCAAUGAACUGUUGAAUAGGAGCAUGAUUCAAGCAGCAGAGACAACAGCUGAUGGAAGGGUUACAAAACUUCGUAUCCAUGAUCUCUUCCGUGAAAUAAUCACCUCCAAAACAAGAGAUCAGAACUUUGCCACAGUAGCCAAAGAGCAUAAUGUAACACUGCCAGAAAAAAUCCGCCGCCUGUCAAUACAUAACACACUGCAGUAUGUACAGACAAACAGACUCUUCCCGGCCGGCUUUGCGCUGCUUAAUGUGUUGGAUUUGCAAAGCACUCCUUUAAAUGUUUUCCCAGUUGAAGUUGUGAACCUUUACUUUUUAAAGUAUCUGAGUUUGAGAGAUACCAGGGUAAAAGCCAUCCCUAGAUUUAUAGGGAAGCUUCAGAACCUGGAAACUUUGGAUAUGAAGCAUUCUCGUGUUACUGAACUUCCAGUUGAAAUCCUGAAACUCCAACGUCUGCGCUAUCUCCUGGUGUAUCGUUAUGAGUUUGUUCCUUACGAAGAUUUUCACUCUACAUAUGGUUUUAAGGUCCUUGAAAAAAUAGGGGCUUUGAAAUCCCUUCAAAAGCUAUGUUUCAUUGAGGUCAACCAAGGUGGCAGUGCAUUAAUGAGAGAGCUGGGGAAACUAAUUCAAUUGAGAAGGUUAGGCAUUGUUAAGAUGAGGAAAGAAGAUGGCAAGGCUCUUUCUUCAUCCAUUGAAAAGUUGUCCAAACUUUCUGCAUUGUCCAUAACUUCAGUGGAAGAGGACGAGAUCAUUGAUUUGGAGCACCUAUAUUCUCCUCCCAUGUUGCUUCAGCGUUUGUACUUGCGAGGGAGAUUGGAAGCAUUGCCUCAUUGGAUACCUUCUCUUCACAGCCUCGUCAAGUUGUAUUUGAAAUGGAGCAGGUUAAAGGAUGAUCCACUUGUAUCUCUUCAACAUUUGCCCAAUCUAGUACAUCUCGAGCUGUGUCAGGUUUUUGAAGGAGACACAUUAUGUUUUGGAGAUGGCGGUUUUAAGAAGCUCAAGCAUUUAUGCCUCGAUAAAUCUGAUGAACUUCGAUGUAUAGAGGUGGAGGUGGGAACAAUGCCUUGUCUUGAAAAUCUAAGCAUCCGGCGCUGUAAAUCACUGGAGAAAGUACCAUCAGGCAUUGAACAUCUCGUCAAACUAAAGGUGCUCAAGUUUUUCGAUAUGCCAGAAAAACUAAUCAAGACUCUACUUCCACAUGAAAAGGGCAAUGAUUAUUGGAAAGUUUGUCAUGUUCCAGAAGUUUAUGUCACUUACUUGAGAGAGUUUGGGUGGGAGGUAUUCUCACUAGAAGGCUUGAGCGAGGCACAACACUCUUCUCAACCCAGUUCUGUCAUGAAGAGCCUUGGAACCGGUUGGAAGUGA